CAUCUAUUGUUACAAAGCAAAGAUCGUUGAAACUGUCAAACUGUCGUCUGCUAACAUCAUGUUGCCCAACAACGAUCCGCAAGUGAGCUCGUGUACCCUGUAUCACUGUCAACAAGCAAAUUGAUCGAAAUUACCAAGAGAAAUCAUAAUGUCCGGAAAAGGAGGAAGGAGACAUCGUGGACAUCAUGAUAAAGACAAAAUCAAUCUCGGUGACAAGGGCAAGGAAGUAUUGGAGAACAUAGACGAUAACAAUAUCAUAGUGCAACAGUUUCGCGGUUACGCAGCCGAGUUGGAUGCUAAACACGAUCGUUACGAGAGGAUUUUCAAGAUCAAUCGAGACGUGGGCAUCGAAAGCAAGAGAAUAAUUUUUUUGCUACACACCAUUGACAAAGAAAGCAAACGAAAUGUUGUGUUAGACGCGGCCAAGUCGAGAUUAGAUAACAUGGCCCGGACACUAUUCAAAGAUAUCGCGAAUGAAUUGAAUGGUCAAGACGCCUAUCAGUUCCACAGAGCCUAUCGCGCUGGUCUAGAAGAAUAUGUAGAAGCACUCACAUUCCAUGAAUACCUUCAAAACGGUGAAAUGCAAGACUGUACAAAACUGGAAAGUGCAUUGACAUAUCACACGACUCCAACCGAUUCGACAGAGCAGAGUAUCACCAGAAAAGUCAUGGUUACGCCGACGGAUUAUAUCCUGGGAAUAGCUGACUUAACUGGAGAAUUGAUGCGGAAGUGUAUCAAUAACUUGGCGAUAGGCGAUAUAAGUAGUUGCUAUCAGACAUGUAACUUCGUCAGAAAGAUAUAUGUGGCCUUCUUGGGCUAUACGAGCGUAGCAUUUAGUAAUGAAAUGAAUAAAAAAAUCUUCACGCUCAAACAAAGCCUGACCAAAAUGGAGAAUGCAUGUUAUACUAUCAAAGUGCGAGGAUCAGAAAUUCCAAAACAUAUGCUAGCAGAUGUGGCUAUUGUGGCUGCUGAGGAAUAUGCCACUGAAGACGAUGAAGGAUAUCAAGCGUUCUAAUAGGCGAAAAUAUUUAAUACGUGUUAUUUUUAAUUAUUGCAGACUUAUUAAUCUGAUGCAAGAUAGAAAUAAUUAAUUAAUUAAUUCAUAAAUAAAUUAAUUCAUAAUGUUUACU